AUGGCUUUCGCCAGCCUCCUGGAGCACGUGGGGGGUAUGGGACGCUUCCAGGUGGCCUCGGUGCUCCUCCUGGCCCUGCCCGUCCUCAUGACGGCCACUCACAACCUUCUGCAGAACUUCACGGCCGCCACCAGCGACCAUCGCUGCCGGCUUCGUUGGGAGGCCAACGUCACCGGCCUCGACCUCCAGGACCUGCUGAGGGUCUCGGUUCCCCACAGCGAGCAGUGCCGACGCUUCGUGACACCACAGUGGUGGCUUUUGGAGGCCAACGGCUCGGCUCCCAACAGCAGCUGGCCAGAGACAGAGCCCUGCCGUGAUGGCUGGACCUACGACCGCAGCGUCUUCAUCAGCACCAUCAUCACUGAGGGCGGCAUCAUUUUCGGGGGUCUCUCGGACCGGUUCCGCCGCCGGUCGCUGCUCACCUGGUGCUACCUUCAGAUGGGCACCAUGGGGACGUGCUCCUCCUUUGCCCCGACUUUCACCGUCUACUGCCUCUUCCGCUUCCUCACGGGCAUGGCCUUCUCCGGCAUCAUCCUCAACAGCGUCUCCCUCUCUUUGGAGUGGAUGCCCACUCGCACCCGGGCGCUCGUGGGGACCUUCAUGGGUUACUGCUACACCAUCGGGCAGUUCCUGCUGGCUGGGAUCGCCUACGCCAUCCCUGAUUGGCGUUGGCUGCAGCUCACCCUGUCGCUGCCCUUCUUCUGCUUCUUCCUCUACUCAUGGUGGUUAACAGAGUCAGCUCGCUGGCUGGUCAUGGUGGGGAAGUCCCACCAAGCCCUGAAGGAGCUCCAGAAAGUGGCCAGGAUAAAUGGGAAGAAAGAGGAAGGGGACAAGCUCGACGUAGAAGUAAAAGGCUCUGGCUGGAUCUCCUGGCUGGCUCCCACAGGCCAGGGGAUGGUGUGUGACCCCCACAUCCCACCCCACACCUCCCCACUGGUGACAUUUGCCCCCGCCCCACACCCCUCUUCUUGGCUUAGGUUCUCCACCAGCUUCGCCUACUACGGGCUGGCCAUGGACCUGCAAAACUUUGACUUCAACAUCUACGUGAUCCAGCUCAUCUUUGGGGCCGUGGACAUCCCGGCCAAGCUGUUCUCCAUCCUCACCAUCACCUUCGUGGGGCGACGCUUCACCCAGUCCGUUGCCCUCAUCCUGGCUGGCUUGGCCAUCUUGGCCAACAUCUUGGUGCCACGAGACCUGCGGACGCUCCGGACUGCCCUGGCCGUCUUCGGGAAGGGUUGCUUGGCCGCGUCCUUCAACUGCGUCUUCCUCUACACGGGUGAGCUCUACCCCACCGUUAUUCGGCAGACGGGCAUGGGGUUGGCCAACACCAUGGCCCGUUUGGGCAGCAUCACGGCCCCCUUGGUGAAGAUGACAGACGAGGUCUUCCCCGCGUUGCCCUUCAUCAUCUACGGGGCAGCCCCCGUGGUGUCGGGGCUGGUGGCCAUCUUCCUGCCAGAGACACGGAACACGGCACUGCCUGAGACCGUGGAGGAGGUGGAGGGCAGGACCCAGCCCCAGAAGGACGAAGCCCAACAUCUCCAGGUCCCACUUCAGCCCAUCCAGCCCAGCGGCACCACGGGGCCCUGCUAG